ACCACACUUUCCCCCUAAACAUACCACACCACCCUACCUACUUCUCCUGUUCUUGUGUCUCGCUUCUUUCUUUUGUCUAUUAACUCAUUUCACAACUUGCAAAUGACAGACUUUGAAUAAUACUAUAUAUAUUGUUUUCAACAAUUUCUUCUUCUUUUUUGUGGAUGGAGAAGCUUAGUUUUGUGAAGAAUGGUGUACUGAGAUUGCCUCCUGGAUUUAGGUUUCGUCCAACUGAUGAAGAGCUUGUAGUUCAGUAUUUAAAGCGUAAGGUCUUGUCUUUCCCCUUGCCAGCCUCUAUCAUCCCUGAGCUGGAAAUUCACAAGUCUGAUCCUUGGGAUUUGCCAGGUGAUUUGGAGGAAGAAAGGUACUUUUUUAGCACAAGGGAGGUGAAGUAUCCAAAUGGGAAUAGGUCAAAUAGAGCGACAAACUCAGGCUAUUGGAAGGCUACUGGAAUUGACAAGCAAAUAGUGAGUUGUAAGGGCCAACAAUUGGUUGGAUUGAAGAAAACUCUUGUCUUCUACAGAGGCAAAUCUCCUCAUGGUUGCAGAACCAAUUGGAUUAUGCACGAGUAUCGUCUUCCUAAUCUUGAAACUAUUUCAAUCCAAGCCAACAACAACCUUACGCAGGAAAACUGGGUUCUCUGCCGCAUAUUCUUAAAGAGAAGAGAUGGUAAAAAUGAGGACGAGAACAUCACACAUCAGGUGUUUAAUAGCAGAAACACAAGUGCAAAGAAGGCAGUCUUUUACGAUUUUAUGGCCAGGGAGAGGGAAGAUUUGAAUGGAUCAGUUCCAGCUUCAACAUCAUUUUCUGGUUCCAGUGGGAUCACUGAGCUGACUGCUAAUGAAUCUGAUGAUCACGAAGAAAGUAGCAGCAGCUUCAAUAGUUUUACUACUUUUAGAAGAAAACAAUGUCCUUAGAAUAGAUGGCCUUUCCUUCUUCUUCUUCUUCUUUUGUUCUUUUCUUAUUUUUAUCUUAAUUUCAAGUGCUAAAUUCGAUUUUCCCGUGGCAUUCCAUUGGAAUAAGCAUCUA